UUCUCCCCGUGGCUCCCCAACGACAAAGCCCAGCAAUCGUACCAGCUCGCACUCUUCGCUGUUUUUUGCUGGCGCUACGGAUUCGGCCGACAAAAUCAAGGGAACUCAGCUUCAACCAUCCUCUCCAAGAUCAGUCACAUCUCUUGGAAUCAUCAGUACAAACACGGGUUCAGCGUCGGGCUGUUGCCCGGACACAAAUUGGCAAUCACCGGAAUGCGACGGUAUGACAGGUCAUCCGCAAGGAAACUCCCCGUCACAGUCCAGAUCCUGCGGGCAGUACACCGCCGCCUCAAUUUCUCCGUCACCCACGACCGAGUUUUGUGGGGCGCUACGGUCCUGGGUUACUUCUAUUUGCUGCGGCGAUCCGAGUAUCUUGCCAAUGGCAGGAAGUCACAGCCUUUCGCCAUCACGAGGGAGGACGUCGCAGUGCUAGACGAUUCUGACAAGCCGUGCACGACGCUAGCCCAGGCGACGAAGGUCAAGAUUCGCUUUCGCGGCAUGAAAACCGACCAAUUCGGUGAAGGAACUACACGGACACUUCGGCGAUCGGGGGCUGGGUGGUGCUGCCCUGUCCAAGCUGCU